AUGGUCAGCAGCAUAUCUCUCAAAAACAAAAUGGCGGCAAAAAUUAGCGGUGUUCUUAUUGAUCUAAGCGGGACUAUUCACGUUGAAAAUACGGUGAUGCCUGGAGCAAUUCAAGCUCUUAAAAGGUAAUUGUUCAAAAAUAUAGCUAAACCUGCUCGCAGAUCGAUAUAGGUGAAAGUGAGCCCAAUAUCUGUCCUGGUAUUCAUACGACUUUAAUAGAGCCGGUGAAAAUUAUUCUCGGAUUUGACGAUUUUGAUAGUCUGUCACGAUACACUUAUCUCUCGCUACUGGGCAUUAAGAACGUCGAUCUUAUGUGUUGCUGCAUAUACGGGCCAUUUACUCCUUUUAUGGGUAUAAAUACUCUGAGCUUCGGUAAGAUUUCCUUAUAACCCCACCCAAGGGGGAUACUCUGGAUUUCAAGUGACAGAGAUGAUCGAAGGAUUUUUUUGGGUUUGAAAUUUUAGAUUUCAAGAUUUUUGGGGGUAGGAAAAUUUUGGCAAGUAUUUUUUUUGGUAAUUUGAUUUAAGUAGGGAUUUUUGGGGGUUAUAAUAUGAUAAUUUCCGCAGAUUUCCGUGUAUACCGGGCGCGUAGUUCCUCUCGAAAUUUUUAUGGCUCGGAAAUUCGGCAUGGGAUUUUUUUUUUUGUGUUUUGUUUGAAGCCCAAGAUAUUUUUUUGGGUUUUGAUUUUUGCCCCCAUUUGAUCAUCCCUGUCACUUGAAAUCUGGAGUUAACCCCCAGGGUAACCCUAUACAUUUAUUGUGGCAUGCUUUUUCUUACAAAUAGUUAAUAUGGAUAGAGUCGAAUAAUUAGCAAUUAAUGAAUGAGGCUGAAUAGGAUAUGAAGAAUUAAGCAGAUCGAGGAGGGUGUUAUCCACCAAGGCUGUUUUUGCCAUGUUUUUAGCUAUUAUUUUGCCCAGUUCCAGCUGUAGUUCUUGCUCUUGAAACGAGUGAAAUUUCCGCCAUUUUUUUUUUCACAACCAAAACAACUCAACCUCAUCCCCAGGUCUUCUCAGUAACGGUGCCUUAACCUGUAGUGGGCUGCAUUUUUGAUGUCAUUUCCGUGUUAAACACAAAAUUCUUCCAAAUUUGGUCAUCAGUAACUGGUUAUAGUGAAUUAUGCGUGUGCUUUUAGCCAAUCAGAAUUGGGGAAAUAGUUUGAAUGAAUAAUAAUGCAAGCUUAAUUGCUGGUUAGCACGUGACGUCACAGCGGCCAUGUUGGUGGUCAAGAACAAAAGCAUUUCUCUCCUCUGAGAACUAAACUCUAUUUUCAUGUAAAUUCUUUGAGAAAAAAUUACAUGGUAUUGACCUUCAACAUGUCAUGUGGUUGCAAACCAAGAAUAAAAAUGUAUGGGGUUAUGUGGAAAGCUUACAUGAGCUCCUUCAACUGAUAAUAAAUUGGUACUUCAAAAUCUAUCACUGACCAUGCCCAUACUGCCGUUAUUACACCUCUCCCUCCCCCACCCAUACACAUGCUACUUUUUUUGAGCAUAGGUGGAUUAGAAUUUUUACUUCAGACAAGACCCCCAUAAUGCACAAUGCAGUGGUUUAAUACUUUAAUGGGAAGUAUAGAUUAUAAUAACACUUUCUUCUGGUGGAUUUACAUGAAUUUUGCGGCUCCGCGACCACGCAAAAUAUCAGAAGCCCUGUUUAUAGCAAGGGCUUUGUUCGAUGAAACCAGUUUGGUGUCCUUCUCAGGGGCACCAAUUUAGUGAACGGAAACAGAGAGAAGCAACUGUUAUUUUUUAUAGAUUGAGGAACAACAGUCACCCUCUGUUCCCUAAAAAUUCUCUUGUUUGUGUACUGCAUAUAUUUUCUUAUAUUUUCACAGGCUUAGAAAGACUGGUGUGUCUGUUCGAUUUGUUACUAACACCACUAAAGAGUCAAAAGAUACAUUGCUGAAUCGUCUGAAUGGGCUAGGAUUUGACAUCAAAUCAGAAGAAGUUUUUACUUCACUUACCGCAGCACGACAGGUGGUAAAAAAGAGAAACUUGCGACCUUUAUUAUUCUUGGGAUCAGAUGCAAGCAAGGAUUUUCAUGGAAUUGAUGUCAAUAAUCCCAAUGCUGUUGUAGUGGGACUCGCUCCUGAUUGUUUCAGUUAUGACAUGCUCAAUAAGGCAUUCAGGUACUGGACCUAUUGCCUUAUUUUUUCUACUCUUUAUUUUAUUAGAUACACCUAUUCUUGGCAGUUUUACUGCAACAUUGUGGUUCAGGUCUGUGACCAUCCCCCUCCCCCAAGAAAAAUAAACCACACCACCAGGACCCUACAUUCCAACUCUUUUUUAAAACUUGUGCACAAGUUCUUUUUUUUUACAUCCCCUUCCGGUUGAUAAGGAAGGGUGAAGGAGACAAGACCAACUGUCACUACCCAAUGAUGCAAUCAUCAGAACCACUCAUAAAAUCAGGUCUAAAGUCACGCAUGAUCUUAACAGAUUUUUUCUUGUUUUUUUUUCCUGCUGAAAUCCAGUUGGAAUCCAUUUUACACUGUGGAUAAUCCACAUUUAGCUUGGUUCUUUGCCUGCCAAUUGAUUGGUCAAAAUAAAGUUAAAACUUGCACACAAACUGCUGUGUUUGUACUUUCUUUUUAAAAUCCCAUAAGGCAAAAUAAUGCUGAGUAUCCUUUCCAGUACACAUUUAACAAUUAAAUAGGGCAAAACUGAAAGAAGUAGAAGAAAAAAGGGCAAGAAUUAAAUACUUAGGGACCUUCACAACAGGAUAUUCGUGAGGGGUCACCCAUCUGGUUCCUAACCCCGCCCAACACAGUUUACCGUAACUUGAAUUGUGCUACCAAGAGUGAAGUUUUGGGAGGGUUGAUGUGAAAUUCAGAUUUCUAGUCAAAUAUCCUAAUAUUAUUGAUUGGUCUGGCACUCACUGUAUCCAAGAUGGCCACCUGUGAUGCAAAGCACUCGAUCUAGACAAUCUUUUGGAAAAAAUAGCGGACUGUAAACAGUCUAGGUCUUAGGAGGAUUUACGGUGUUGUACUUUUUGUCAACCUUUUACAGGCUUUUGCUGGAUGGUUGUCCACUCAUAGCAGUUCACAAAGUACGAUACUACAAGAGAGGAGAUGGACUGGCACUAGGCCCAGGUCCCUUUGUAACAGCUCUUGAAUUCGCUUCAGACGUCAAAGCUGAAGUUAUUGGCAAACCACAGCCCACCUUUUUUGCACAUGCGUUGGAGGAAAUGAAGUGUGACCCACAGUCCACAGUCAUGAUUGGUGAUGUGAGUUAAAUCUCAAAUACCUUUACAGUAAAUACUGAAUUUUCACUGCUCCUGAGUAAUUGUUGGCUUGUAUAAAAUAAACAAAAUUUGCCAAAAGAGAUACGAUAUAUUUAGCCUGUGUGGCAGGUGCUGGGUACUUUUUUUUUGGUUGGUUUUAAUGGAGCACAUGAGGGAAGCACACAAAGGGAAGAGGAGGCCUUCUCUCCUUUUCUUCCUCCUGCACACACUUACAGUUAAAUUUACUGUGUACACCCUACCCCUCACAUUUGAGGAUUAUUGGCCCUCAAAUUUCUCCCUUCACCCAGCAAAAACCAGUGUCUGCUACACAGGCUAUGAUUUAUUAUGAAAAAGUCUUAUAUCUUGAAGGACCUGUGUCAUGAAACAGUGAAAACUGCCACCAAACAUAGUGAAACAUAGAAAUUUUGGCUCAAAACAUGAAAAGGAGAUAAUAACACAGCAAAUAUCAAAGGAGACACGGAUAAACAAACUUGAGGAAGAUUCAAAUGGAUUGCAAUUAUUGUGGUUUUUUAGGUUUUGAAAAAUUGUGAGCCUAAUAGUUUUCAAAGUCAUUUUCGUUGUUUGUAACGUAGUAGGGGCACCGGAAAAGGAAAAAAAAUAGCCAGCUGUCUCAAUGCCUCAAGCAGGCCAUACCCAGUUCUCUUAAUCACAACAAUGAACAAUGCGUGCCUACUUCGACCUACUGCUCACCAGUUGUACUUGUCUAAAGCUGAAAUAUUUGGUCUUAUCAACGUUUGUCCAAAAUUAAUGUGUUGGUCAAUGGUCAUCCUCAUAACCUGUAUAGACUUACAAAUUGUGUUCUACUGUGUACGUUGUUGUCGGGUUAUUGGUUAAAAUCCCGUAGUUGGCGCCAUAUAUGGGCUGAGUUUGCUGCUGGUUCUCUCCUUUGAUCUGAGACGUUUUUCUCUGGGUACUCCGGUUUUUCCCUCUCCUUAAAAACCAACACUUCCAAAUUUCAAUUCGAUCUGGAACGAAUGGACACGUUUCAACGAGUUCUUAAGAACUCCUGAGUUCGUCAUUGAUAAACAGAUCACAAAUUACACGAAAGAGCUUGCAAUUAUCUGCAUGUACAUUCAGUUUUCCUGCUGACAUGUUUAGCUGAAAAUUAAUGAAUCAGGGUAACUUUAAGUCUGUGACUGUCAGGGUUUAUUAGCAGGCACAGACUUAAAAAUAUUCAACGCCAUUUUUCUCUUUAGGAUGUAAGAGACGACAUUGGUGGAGCAGAAGCUAUUGGUAUAAAAGGAUUUCUUGUACAAACAGGUUAGUUUAUUCCUUUCAUGUAAACUCAGGCUACUCUCAGACGGAACCGGGCGAAUUUUCGACCGGUUGAAAAUUCGUGGGUUUAGUUGUUCCGUUCACUUGGAACCACCCUAACCGUGCAAAAAUUCAGACGCCUAGUCGUUCAAAGUUUCUCUUGAACGGUCCUUGGUGAACAAAGUAGGAACUUAAAGAUCCAACGAUCUUUCCGUCUUUUUUGAAAUUAUUCCUACCCACUUAUUUUGUCAAAAGUAGGCGAACCCUCCUGGAGUUGAAUUCCUAGGGACCAUAUCCAAGUGUAGAAAGAGAAACAAAAUUUCGUCGUUGCUUGUUUACGCACUCCAUAAAACGCGAACAGGCAUUUUCACGUCGUAGUCGUGCAAAAACGGGCAAAGAAAUGUACAAAAAAAGCGUGGUGCACGUGCAAAGUUGUUGUUUUGCUAAUAAAACCUAUUGUUUUUUUGACGCUCUCGUUGCCGUUCGCGUCGUUGGAUCUUAAAGUCCCUAGUAGUGUCCGGUCAAAUUUUUCAGCCGGACGAAAAUUCGUCUGUUGCCCUGUGAACGUAGCUUCACACUCGCUUUCUAUUAUUUUACCAUAACCCUUGUCAUGACAUAUAAUUUUCAACCAUUGCUUAAAAUUGUGUAAAUAUGGAAAACUUCAUGGAAAGUGCGUGCGAACGGUAUUUACGCUCGAGUUGUUGACGUAUCAGAAAUCGAAAGAGUGAGCGCAGCGAACGAGUGAGAUUUCUAACACAAAAACGAGUUCCAAAAUCCUAAAAUGCCAAAAUAUCCCGCUACACGCCGCGAAAUAACAAACAAAACUAAGUACAUUAGCGUUAAAAAACGCUUGGUAAAAAUUAUGAGGGUAAGGAUAUGAAGUAAUCCAGGAAUCAUAAGUAAUAUUUAACUUUUUUUCUGAAUGUACAAAUAAAAAUGAACGAUUUUGACGAAAAUGACCGUUCUGUCUAAAAAGGCGGGAAUUUUGACGCGAAACUCACACACCUCUGUAGCUUUUGAUUGAUGGACGUAUAUUUUCUCACACGUGAAAAAACAUCGUUCGCGAUUCUGAUUGGACUUAUUGAGUGAAAAGCAUCGUUCGCUGCUCUGAUUGGUUAGAACUCAUUUGCGUAUGAAAAUUUACGUCAUGGCUUCUCAGUGAGUUAAUAUGUAUAUAAUAAAUAUGUUAACUUCUGUUUUCUACAUAUCUGAGAUCUGUUUAAGGUUUCCGAGUAAUUUUUAAAGUGUAUUAGAUAUACUUUGUGAAUUCCUGCCUCUUGAAGAACUACUUAAAUGAUCUUCCAGGUAAAUACCGGGAAGGAGAUGAAAAUCGCCUUGAGAAACCACCUUUUGCUGUCUGUAAAGAUUUCUCUGCGGCCGUUGAGCAGAUUUGUACAAUGUUAUGACAGAGGCACCUCUGGAGGUUGGGCGGUGGAAAGAAGACAUUCACCAAAGUACUGCAGAAUGGGAACCUAUCAUUAAGCUUUUCCAUUGUGGUAGUUCUUUCACGUGAAGGAGACAAACAGCUAAAAAGCGGCAAGUUAGUAGCGGACGGAGCUCUAGAUACAAAGCAAACACUUGAGAGCUUUGAUCGCUCGUUUUCGCGAUGGUAUCAUUUAACUACAGCUAUUAACUUUGAGUUAUCCUUUCUUAAUAGAUUGCAUUUGAGAGAAGUCCGAGUAAGGUUUAGUAACCUUGUAACCCAGUAAAUAUUUACAAGAAAACAAAACCCACAUUAUUUUAGUAGUCGCUUAAAGUGAUAUCAUCCUGCACAUAGC